AGUCGCAGUAUACCCUUUCAAUCAGUCUCCGUCGGAUAUUGACCAAACCCAAAACAUGACUGCGACGACUUGUCGAACAAGUAGGUAAUAAAUUAAUUACUCUAAUCGCAACAAAACUCGCUGCUCAAUGGAGUCACGUGCCCGUUAUCCUCAUUCCCGGUCACUUCAUUCAAGCCGAUUCGCUUAUCAAUGACAAUGUAAUCCGUAUACAAGCAAUUGAAUUAUGAUGGAUUACAGGUGCGAAGUACUGGCCUACAAAUUGCGUCCAUAAAAAUCAAAGGCUCAAUACAGGCUUACAUUCGAUAACAAUUCAUCAUUUGAAUUAAAGUCAAGACAUCGAUUCAGAACCGAAUUGAACCACCUAGUGAAAAGGUUCCCAAUCCAGUACAAGGUGUGCUAGAUGAUUGAUUAUGUUCAACGAUAUCGUUGUAGUCCUACUGCGAAUACUUCUACUAGGUGUAUCACUGAGUGCAUGUCUGGCAGAUUCCUGGCGUUAUCCUACCCCGGGUCCAGAUGGAACCAUUGGUGAACCGGAAGAUUGGGGAGAAAACUGUGACUUCGGUAAGCGACAAUCACCGAUCGAUAUUACCUACAAAGCUGCGGUGAAGGGCAGCUACUCGGAGUUUAUCUUCCAGAACUACGACAAACCAUUGGUAAACGCUUCGCUGGUAAAUACAGGACACACAAUUCAAAUCAACCUAGACGAUGCAUCGACUAGCAUCUAUGGUGGAGGUCUACGGAGCAAAUAUUUUCUCGAGCAGUUGCAUUUUCACUGGAACUCAGAACAUACAAUUGACGGUACGCGUUACGCCCUUGAAUUACACCUGGUUCAUCAUCACUCGAAGUUCAACUCGGUAGCCGAAGCAGCAACGACAAAAGCCGGUGUUGCCGUUGUUGCCGUCUUGUUUCACGUCAAUGAACACUCCAAUUUAGUUCUAAGCACCAUUUUGAACGCCACCGAGGAAAUCAAAUCGAAAAUCAACGAACGAGUUCAACUGCGCGACGAAACUAGUCUAGAAGAACUGUUACCGAAGAAUCGCUCCGUUUACUUUCGCUACGAAGGCUCCCUAACGACUCCGGUUUGUGCUGAAUCGGUUGUAUGGACGGUGUUUCCCGAAUCGCUACCCCUGUCACUUGCCCAACUGGAAGAAUUCAAGACAGUGCACGAUCUGGAUGAUAACGAGAUGCUGCUGAACUAUCGACCCGUGCAAGCACUGAACGCCCGUGUAUUGGUUCUAGUUUCGGAUGCGGAUAUUCCAGUCGAUAGCGGUGCAUCAUCACGAUGGUUGGCAGAAAUCCUUCCGCUUACGGUCAUCGUCAGUUUUCUAACUAUUGUGACAGCUCGACUCAGGUGGUAGAAGGCAUGCUAGCUUGUAUAAAAUUUCUAAUCAAGAAAAAAACGUAUAUUUUGCUACGAGCCGUUUUUUUAUUUUGUUUAGUCAAGAA